AAUUUAUGUGUAACGUAUACAAUUAAUGGGUGCCUGUGUAUCAAGCGUCAUACGCUGCCAGAGUAUCAAAUGAACUCUCCCGCGCAUCUCCAGAGAGAGAGAGAGGGAGAGCUGUCCGUGGCGAGUAUUCAAUUGAGGAAUUCGACAAGUGGGACGCACGGUUCUCUAAUCCAAACCGUUGUUAUGUUGAGUCCCAUCGUGGAUCCUGUAUAGUUCCGAAAAAAAAAAGUCCCAGAUCGGAAACAUCUCAAGAGCAGUACUUUAACAUUUUUCAAUUGAUUUUUAUUCAGAACCGUCUAUCUGUAGGCCAUAGAUCCAAAGGGUAUUAUUGUUCCAUCGAGUUGUUUUUAACUGAUGGUCCAUCGACGGUGGGACACAGCAGACCAAUGGUCUCGAUUAUCGAAUCAUGGGCCCUUUUGUUGAAAGUAGAAAAUCCGCAAAGAUGCAGGGCAUGUAUCAUGUAAUUCCUCGUUUCAAAUUCAAAUCCACAAAACCUCAGUAAGAAUUCAAGCCAUGGAGCAAUCUCAAACUCUUCCAAUGCUUGUGAAAAUCAUCCGCAAUUGAAAGUAAAACCAAAAAAUAAAUAAAAUCAGUUCACUCCGUCUGGGUAUCUCGAUUUAUGCCUUAUCGAUGCGGUUUUCAUCAAUCCUCUGUCGAUGUUACUGCCAUUCUGAUUUCUUCUCGGCGAAUUCUCGAAUUUCUCAGUAUGCCCGGCUUGGUGAUAUCGAACAUGCCAGGCGUGUGUUUGAUGAAAUGCCUCGGAAAAGUGUCGUUUCCUGGAAUUCGAUAAUAGCUGGCUACUUCCAAAACUAUCGACCCAAAGAAGCACGGCAUCUGUUCGACAGGAUGCCUGAGAGAAAUACCGCGUCUUGGAAUGGUAUGAUUUCUGGGUAUGUUAAAAAUGGAAUGAUAAGUGAGGCGAGAAGGUUUUUUGAUAUGAUGCCGGAGAGGAACAUUGUUUCUUGGACUUCUAUGGUUAGAGGUUAUGUAAAUGAAGGCACAAUUUCUGAAGCUGAGUCCCUCUUCCAGCGAAUGACUGAGAAGAAUGUUGUUUCAUGGACAGUGAUGUUGGGUGGCUUGAUUCAAGACUGUCGGAUUGAUGAUGCUCGCCGGCUUUUUGAUGAGAUGCCGGAGAAGGAUGUGGUUGCAAGGACUAGCAUGAUUUCUGGGUAUUGCCAGGUAGGACGCAUGGAUGAAGCCCGCGUGCUCUUUGACGAAAUGCCACGUCGGAAUGUUAUCUCUUGGACAACAAUGGUUUCAGGUUAUGCCCAGAAUUUACAGGUUGACAUUGCGCGGAAGCUUUUUGAGGUGAUGCCAGAGAAGAACGAGGUGUCUUGGACUGCGAUGCUAACUGGCUACACACAAUGUGGGCGAAUAGAAGAGGCCUCAGAGAUUUUUAAGGCAAUGCCAGAGAAGUCAGUGACCGCUUGUAAUGCAAUGAUUCUUGGGUUCGGCCAGAAUGGCAAGAUAGUUGAAGCAAGGCAGGUUUUUGAUCAGAUGGAGGAAAAGGAUGAUGGGUCAUGGAGUGCAAUGAUCAAGGGAUACGAACGAAAUGGGUUUGAAUUGGAAGCACUUGAUACGUUUGCUUCAAUGCAAAGGAUUGAAGUUCGCGCAAAUUAUCCGUCUUUUAUUAGUGUUCUUACUGUUUGUGCAAGCCUGGCAGUUCUUGAUCAUGGUAGGCAGGUUCAUGCAGACGUUGUGAAAUCGCAGUUUGAUUCUGAUGUGUUUGUUGCUUCAGCUUUGGUUACGAUGUACGUUAAGUGUGGAGAUCUUGUUAGAGCUAAGAGGGUAUUUGAUCGGUUCACUUCGAAGGAUGUAGUGAUGUGGAAUUCAAUGAUCACCGGAUAUGCCCAGCAUGGCUUAGGGGAGGAAGCUUUAGGAAUUUUUUAUGAAAUGAAUUUUUCAGGCAUGAAGCCUGAUGAUGUUACAUUAGUUGGAGUUCUUUCUGCUUGUAGCUAUACAGGGAGAAUUAAAGAAGGAACGGAACUUUUCAAAUCAAUGAUAUCAGAUUAUAUGAUUGAGCCGAAGGCUGAGCAUUAUGCUUGCAUGGUCGAUCUGCUUGGCCGAGCGGGCCAUGUCCAUGAGGCCAUGGAUUUGAUCAAGAAGAUGCCGGUUGAAGCUGAUGCUGUUGUUUGGGGUGCUUUGUUAGGUGCAUGUAGGACUCACAUGAACUUGGAGUUAGCAGAGGUGGCAGCUAAGAAGCUUCUGCAGCUCGAGCCUAAAAAUGCCGGGCCUUAUAUCUUGCUAUCGAAUAUUUACGCAUCAAGGGGGAGAUGGGAAGAUGUUGCUGAGCUGCGGAAAGUCAUGAGGGUGAGGCGUGUGAGUAAGUCUCCUGGUUGUAGCUGGAUUGAGGUUGAGAAGAAGGUGCACAUGUUUACUGGGGGAGAUGGUGUGGCACAUCCCGAGCAUGAGAUGAUUAUUGGGAUGUUGGAGAGAUUGGGGGGUUUGAUAAGAGAGGCAGGAUAUUGCCCCGAUGGUAGUUUUGUGCUUCAUGAUGUGGAUGAAGAGCAGAAGGUUCAUAGCUUGGGCUACCACAGCGAGAAGCUGGCAGUGGCAUUUGGGAUUCUGAAGCUUCCAGAAGGAGUGCCGAUUCGUAUCAUGAAGAACCUCCGGGUAUGCGGGGAUUGCCAUUCUGCAAUCAAGCUGAUAGCAAAGGUUACCGGGCGAGAGAUUAUAUUGAGGGAUGCCAAUAGGUUCCAUCAUUUUCAAGGUGGUUCAUGCUCUUGCAAGGAUUACUGGUGACAACAGAGAGUCUCCUCUGAUUGUUAGUUUAGUGAAGAAUCUGUUAUUCCUUGUCGAGAAUGAAAUUCAACUGCAAACCAGGUUUGAAGUUUGGAGUUUUUACAGUUCUGAUUCUUCUGAUGUGAACUUGUGGGUUUCGGAUUUCUGUAAUUGGUGUCUGACCAGGAAGUUUCUCACUGACAAAGAUGAGCAUUGAAAAUUAGCUUUGGUACCUAGAGAAAGUAGCUUUUGUUAGAUAUUCGCUGGGCCAUAAGACGUCCUGCUUUUUUAAUGGACAGUCGAAACGUCUCUUAUCAGCCAGAAGAAAGCCUCCAUACACCUGUAUGGCCUUGUUUUCAACUGUAUUGAGCCGUUGAUACAAUAGUCUUGAAACCGGCUGGGCGUGGGCAGAGAGAAAUAAAUUUUUGAAUAGGCCCGGCCCAAACAAAUCAAAAUCCACACCCAAACCAGCCCAGGCUCAGCCAUUUACACCCUACUUUUGUGGCUUGCAUCCGUCACUGUUUCGGGCAUUCUGUAUUGAGAUGUACUAGAGAAUGCAUUUGGAGCCUCAAAUGUAUAUGAAUUGAGGUGAUCAGGUGAGCGAAUUGUAUUUAUUUUGCGAUGAAUCUUUAUUUUCAGACCCUUCUUACUUUUAGAUAAUGGUCUCUCAUCAGACAACGCCAUUUCGAGAUUAGUGUAAAAUACCACAAUAUUGAUUUUACAAGGCGAAAUAUGACUUUGAGACAUUACAAAAGCUAGAGAACGGAAUAUCCCAUGUGAAUGUAAUUCUAAUAUCCCUUGUUUCAUCACAUGUAAUAGAAAUAUAGAAUAGACAUUCACCUUCUUUUGUUCUAGUGGAAGACUGAAAUCGGCUUCCAGUACAAUGUAAUAAAUUAAACCAUCUUGAUAUCUUUUACACACGUACCAUGCUUUAUUGUUUUAUUUAUCUCAGAUGUAUCAGAAAGUGCAUUUGGAGGCGUGAA